AUGGAAGAGGAAAAACUGGAUGUGAUACUUCAAAGAGCGGUGUCAAUGGGUCUCAACUGUGAUGCGGGCACCCUUGGGAAACUACGGCAAGUGCCUCUUCUUUACUUGGCCCGCAUGAUGGGUAAAUAUCUGACGUAUGAGAAGCAUAUCACUGAAGCGCUCUCUGUUUUGAGUCUAGCAACGGCAAAACGAGAAAAUCUGCAGGAUGACGAGGCUGUGGUUGUGCUGAAAUUUUUCUCAGGAAAACUUUCCUCGUUACAGACAGUUGAAACCUCUGUGGAAUGCAUAGCGAGGGUUAUUGAAGCCUUGUCCACGCAACGGCCGUGUAGCGAGAACGUUUUUGCUGAGUUAGCCCAUGGUUUCUUGGCCAAUGUUAGGUUUCAGGCAUUGCCAACGAAUGUCCGGCGGAGUGGAUUUAAAAUUAUUAACUACAUGCUCUCAGAGGCUUCUGCGCCAUGGCUUACCACGCCUGUUCUCCGUCUGCUUCUAGAAGCCAUGGAUGCGGAAGGAGAACCGGAACUUGUCGCAAAAAUGUUUGAGUUUUCACUACUUUAUAAGUACCUUUGCGGAUAG